CUUGCCCCCGCCCCACGUGUCGACGUCGCCACGUGGGCGGUCGUGAGUGGCUGAGGGAGCUUCACGAGCAACAAGCGGCGACAGUGGAAGCUGCGACAAUGGCUACAGCGACACUGACGACGCGAGCCUUCGUGCUCUGCUCCUGGGCUCUCCUCCUGGCCGCCGCCGGUCGGGCCGAGGAGACGCUGGUGAACGAGGAGGUGCGCAGGCUGCUCGACCUGUCCACGCACGUGGCCAAGUCGACGGCGGACGUGACUCUGCUGAACCGAGGCGGGGAGGCGGCGUCUCAUUUCUUCCUCGUCUUCGACGCCGAAAUCGCCCCGCAUCUCGCCUUCGUGGGCGCCAAGUUAAAAGCCAGUGACGAUGAUGACCCCUCUCUCCUAAUCUCGCAAACGACCAUCAAGGGACACAGUGGCUCGGCGUACAAGGUUCACCUGGCGUCUCCGCUGGCCCCCGGCGAGCGCGUGACCGUGGCGACGGAGACCGUGUUCUCGCACUCGCUCUCCCCGUUUCCGUCGAAGAUCGCGCAGACCGAGCGCCAGCUGGUCGUCUUCGAGGGCAACCACUACUUCUACUCGCCCUACCCGACGCUCACGCAGAACACGCGCGUGCGCCUCGCCUCCAAGACCGUCGAAUCCUACUCCAAGCUGCAGACCACCACCAAGACGGACGACAGCAUCGAGUACGGGCCCUACACCGACGUGCCGCCCUUCAGCCACGACCCGCUGCGCGUGCACUACGAGAACAACUCUCCCUUCCUGACGGUGACGCGGCUGACGCGCGUCAUUGAGGUGUCGCACUGGGGCAACAUCGCCGUGGAGGAGACGCUCGACCUGCGCCACUCGGGCGCCGUCCUGCAGGGGCCCUUCUCCCGCUACGACUACCAGCGGCAGCCCGACAGCGGCGUCUCCUCCAUCAAGUCCUUCAAGACGAUCCUCCCCGCGGCUGCCCAAGACGUCUACUACCGCGACGAGAUCGGAAACAUCUCGACGAGCAACCUGCUGGUGCUGGACGACUCGGUGGAGAUGGAGGUGCGGCCUCGCUUCCCGCUGUUCGGCGGCUGGAAGACUCACUACUACAUCGGCUACAACCUGCCCAGCUACGAGUACCUCUUCCACCACGGCGAGCAGUACGCGCUCAAGAUGCGCUUUGUCGACCACGUCUUCGACGACCAAGUGAUCGAUGAUCUGACGGUCAAGAUCAUCCUGCCCGAGGGGGCCAAGAACAUCGAGGUGCAGCCGCCGUACGCCGUGUCGCGCUCGCCCGACGAGCAGCACUUCACCUACCUGGACACGUUCGGGCGGCCCGUCAUCGUGGCCCACAAGAGCAAUCUGGUGGAGAACCACAUCCAGGACUUUGUGCUCUACUACACCUUCAACAAGGUGCUCAUGCUGCAGGAGCCACUGCUAGUCGUCGCCGCGUUCUACAUCCUCUUCUUCACGGUCAUCGUCUACGUGCGUCUCGACUUCUCCAUCACCAAGGACCCGGCGGUGGAGACGCGCAUGAAGGUGGCGUCGAUCGUGGAGCAGACGGUGGGGCUGGUGUCGCGCCGCCUCGCCGCCUACCGCACCUUCGACGAGGCCGUGAGCCGCUACAAGUCGGCCAAGGAGACGGCCGUGCUGGCGGCCGCGCGCAAGCAGCUGGACGCCGAGCACCGCUCGCUCACCAACGAGAUCGCCGGCCUGCAGUCCCGCCUCAAGACGGAGGGCUCCGACGCCGCCGAAAAGGUGGCGGAGCUGCAGCGCUUGGACUCGAGCUUGCGCGAGCUCGUCAACAAAGCGGGCCAGGACGCAGAGCGCCUCGUGCAGUCCAAGCUCGCAAAGCAGCCGUACCUGGAGGCCGAGAAGCUGAACACAGCCAAGCGCCAGGAGGUGGUGCUCAAAAUCGACGGAAUCCUGGACGCGCUGUGAUGAUGUCACUCCGCUUCCCCCCCCCCCCCCCACCCCACCUCUCGCUUGACUCGCGGGAGCCGGUCCGGCCCUCAAGUCCUCGCGUCUCUUUGCUCGCCCGCUCGCUCGCUCGCUCGCUUGCCGGUCGACGCGGUGCUCAUGGUUAACGGGGGGGGAGGGGGGCGUGGGUGUGUUUUGUUCAGAGGUCCCUCGUUUUGGCAGAGCGUCGCACCGCUUGCCUGCCGGCUUUCUCCGAAACGGCGGCGUACACAAGGGGAACGUUUCUUUACGCGGGCGUGUGGGGGGGGAAUGGGGGCCAGGCGUCUGAAUUGCGAGCGCUUUAAAUUUGCGAUGUCGUUACGUUCUUUCGUUUGCGAUCGAUUAUUUUGACGUGGUGAAAUUCGUAUCCAAAUUGCACGAGGCGCAGUUUCAUCGGUCGUUUGAGUCCACGAUGAGGUACUUCGCUCAUUUGCGGUUUGAAUGUACGUUGCCCAUCUCUGCGUCGAAGGCCGGUUAAGUCGUCACGAGGUGCAGUGACGAGAUGGUGAGCGUGUGGGGGCGUGAUUCUGGAUUUGUUUUUUUUUAUUUUAGUUUUCUUGAAAAUAUUUUUUUUGUAUCCUUUCCCACAAUUGUGUUAUGAUUGUGCCGUUGGCAUCGUAACCACGAGACGAAUAAACCUUGUAACGAUACCAAGAAA